AAUUACUUUAUAUUUGAAAAAUUAUCACAGAAAUUCAUUUGUUCAAAUCUUCGACUCAUUAUUAAAACCCUAAUCGUAAGGAUUUUCUUUAUUAGCUUUUGGCUUUGAAAUGCAUUUUUCUGGAGGAAGAAGAAGAUAGCGUGAAAUUUUCUUCAAAAGAUAAGAUUCCUUCCUAUUCUUCAGAAUGGCAACUCUUGAAGAACUUGUUGCUGCAUCAAAAAUCCUAGGUGAGUCUGCUGGAGAAGCGGUUAUGGAGCCGGAUGCCACGGGCUUUUCGGGUUUGGAACUGGGAGAAAAUGGGGUUGAGGUUUCUGAGUUUAAUAAAAAUGCUGGGAAUAAUGAUCACUCUGUUUUUAAGGCCAAUAAGCGAGCUGUUGAGACUGAAAAAACAGUGGAGACUACUUUUGUGGGCAAGGGUCAGCUGCAAUCUCACUUGAACGUUAAAGAGAAUGAGGAAAAAGGGGCUGAGAAUGAAAUUUUUGUAGCUGGUAAUGAUAAGAACGUUUCAGUCAGAGAAGAAGAGUGUAAUCAGAAUGGAAUUAAUCUUAUAGUGGAUGUUCUUGGUUCUUUGGAUGGUGUCGAUGGGAGUAAGAAGUAUUUUGAAACUGAUGGCGGUGAAAGCUCUUUUGUAGAGAAUGAAGGAGGCUUAAAUAUUACCUGUGUUCUAGAUAUCACGGGUCAAGAUGAUAAAGAAGAGGAGGAUGGUCACGUGAUGGAAAAACAGGAGCAUGGUUUUUGUGUGGGAGAUUUUGUUUGGGGUAAAAUUAGAGGUCAUCCUUGGUGGCCUGGACGGAUAUAUGAUCCUCAAGAUGCGUCAGAUUUUGCUAUGAAGCAUAGUCAGAGAGGUUGCCUCUUGGUUGCCUUCUUCGGGGAUGGUUCCGGUUCUUGGUGCUUGCCAGCGCAGCUUAUACCUUUUGCUAGCAAUUUUGAGGAAAUGUCAAAAGGAAGUAAUUCUAAGAGCUUUCUCAAUGCUGUGCAGAGGUCUAUUGAUGAGGUUGGUAGGGUGCUGGAGUUGGAGAUGAGUUGCAAGUGUGUAGCAAAGGAGAGAAAAGCUGACCUUGCCAGGCCAUUGGUGGUGAAUGCUGGGCUGAAACCGGGAGUUCUCAUGCCAGAGGUAGAUAUUAACCGCCUUUCUGUUCCUAUAUACGAACCUGCUGAAGUACUUGAAAAGGUUAAGAACCUCGCACAGGUUGUUUCUAUCGGCAGUAUGCUUGAGCUUGCAGUCUUGAAGAGUUGGCUCUCUUCCUUUUAUCGUUCAAAGGGAGUUUACCAAUUGGCUGUAUAUUAUGAACCCCAUCCAAUCGAAGGUCUUGAAGACACCAGUGAAAUUGGAGAUGUGGUUGCAAAUGGUUUUAGUCUUCCAAUUGAAGGCCCGAUUUUAGGUCCAGUUGAAGAAGACUGGCUCUCCUCAUCUGGUACAGGUAUGCAGCAGUUCCCAGCACCUUCAGGGGAUAAGAUUUAUCGGAGAAGGAAGCAAAAAAGUGUUGCGGAGCUUAUGGGAGAGACCCCUGAUAUUAAGCUCAAAGAUAAGAAGAGAACAUCAGCAAAAGAUGGAACAGAUCUUGUGAAGCCUACAUCUGCAACAAGGAAGAAGAGCAAGUAUUUAUCUCCUCCCUACACGGAGAGGAUAAAUGAAGAUUCUUCCGAUGAAAAUAUUGUCAGAGAAGAAGCUAAUGAGGCAUCCACGCCAAGAGAAAGGAAGAAGAGCAAGUAUUUAUCUGCCCCCUACACAAAUCUUAAACGAAGGGCAGGAAACUCGAGCUCAAACGGAGAGUCAGAAAUUGAAUCUGAGAAAAUUGACAAGAUGGUUCCGGUGGGAGAGCGCAUGACAAACGCUGAUGGAGAUCUUUUUCCAUCUCCUUCAAUUUCCAAUCCUGUGACUGUAAAUAUAAUUCCAAGUAGACAGCAAAAGGGUAUUGACUCGUCUACUCAUGCAAGUUCUCAACAGGAUGAGAAUGAUCUGAAGAAGAUUUUUGACACAGUAGAUGUUGAUGCAUCAGGUAAUGGAGUGUUAUCAAAGGUUCAAUCUGCUGCGGUUGAUCCUCUUUACUUGAGCAAGGAGGGUUCCCUUAAUAUGAUUCGGGGAUUUUUUUCAGCAUUCAGGAGCUCAAUCUAUUUGGAUGGAUCAAACUAUAAAGAAUUUCAUGGCCAUCGACGAGGUAAGAAGAGAAAGUUAUUGCAUUUUGAUCCGAAGAAUCAAGGAAAUGGCACAAGUAAAACAAAAUCCAAGACUUCCGAGCCCAAAAUUCCUGAAGCAGGUACCAGUAAGAUUGACAGAAGUGCUUCAUCAGCAUCUCUCGUUAUUACAUUUUCCCCUGGAUCUACUUUGCCAUCAAAAGAUGAUGUUAUUGGAAUGUUCAGUAAGUUUGGGAGUCUGAACGAGAAAGACACAAAUUUGGUGAUGGAUUCAAAUGCUGUUCAGGUCGAGUACGUUAAGAAUUCUGAUGUAGAAAAAGCCUUCAGAUCAUCAGUAAACAAAGAUUUAUUUGGGUCUGCGAUUCUCAACGGUAGUAUACAGCAUUCUUCCGUGACCCCUGAGAAGCCCGACUCUUUACAACUAGCAGGUGACGUAAUUUCAGAUAUAGGUUUCAUCAACCAAAAACUCGAAAUGAUGUCAAGCGUGAUGGAAAAUUGUAACUGUAAAAUUUCACCUGAGAAAUCGAGGCUCAAGGAUGCGAUGAAACAUCUCUUGGAGAAGGUUGGAAGCACGGCGGAAAAGGUGAGAACCAUGGUUGAUACUACCUCAACUUAGAAGGAAAAAAUGCUGCUCAGUGAAAGUUCAGGUUUGGGUUUUUAGUUGAUAAUUCCCUUUUGUCCAUGUAGGAAUUAGUUUGUGGUAGUUCGCUUAUGACGUUGCUCUUCCAGAUUCCUGUAUGAAAUUAGGAGAGAAUAAAUAUAUACGAGAAACUGCUAGUAAUAUUUAAAAGGAUGAUCUAAAUCUCUGUUAAAUCUGAAACUUUAUGAUUCUGCUAAUAUUUGUCCAUUG